CCCGAGGCGAGCGCGGUGAGGCGGGGGCCCCUAGGGCCCAGCUCCGGCGGCGUAGCGAUGCCGGCAGCCCGCGCCGGGCCGCGCCGGGCCGCUCUGCGCCCGCUGCAUCGCGGCGGCCCGUGUGCGAUGAGCCGCCCACCCCUGGGCACCUUCUCCGCCCCGCUCGCCUCCUCCUCCCACGGAGCCACCCUCCUCCUCCGCCCCCUCUCCCUGCCAGCCUCCUCCCCGCCCUUCCCCGCUCUCCACGCCGGUGCUGGAGCCGCGCGUCACUCGGGCUYCAGCCCCGCCGCAGACAUGGCGACACUGACAGCAGUCCAGCCGCUCACGCUGGACAGAGAUGUUGCAAGAGCAAUUGAGUUACUGGAGAAACUGCAGGAAUCUGGAGAAGUACCAGUACACAAGCUACAGUCUCUAAAGAAGGUGCUGCAGAGUGAGUUUUGUACAGCUAUCAGAGAGGUGUAUCAAUACAUGCAUGAAACCAUAACUGUUAAUGGCUGCCCCGAAUUCCGAGCCAGGGCCACUGCAAAGGCAACAGUUGCUGCAUUUGCUGCAAGUGAAGGCCAUUCACACCCACGAGUGGUGGAGCUGCCAAAGACUGAGGAAGGCCUGGGCUUUAAUGUGAUGGGAGGAAAGGAACAAAAUUCACCUAUUUAUAUUUCUCGCAUCAUUCCGGGAGGAGUGGCUGAAAGGCAUGGUGGGCUCAAACGUGGGGACCAGCUGCUUUCAGUUAAUGGAGUGAGUGUGGAAGGAGAGCACCACGAGAAGGCGGUGGAGCUGUUGAAGGCGGCCAAGGACAGCGUGAAGCUAGUGGUGCGCUACACUCCCAAGGUGUUGGAGGAGAUGGAGGCUCGCUUCGAAAAACUCAGAACAGCCCGGCGCCGGCAGCAGCAGCAAUUGCUCAUUCAGCAGCAGCAGCAGCAGCAGCAAAGUACACAGCAAAAUCAUAUGUCGUAGGUUUUUCUCAAGAAAGAAAAAGCCUCAAUCAAGAGUUCAGUAAUCAAGCAGCCAGAACUUUACUCCAGUAUUCCAGCAAAAGGAAACAACCACAGGAACAUGAAACAGAAUUCAUCUGGGGAAUGCACAGUACAAGAUUAAUGUUAAGUGAGCCAUAGGGUAGGUGCCAUCAUGAUAAGGCUUUUUAGCACACAGCAGUCACAGAUACCUUUUACUUCUGUGAGUCUAUUCCUAAUGAGAACAGCCUGAUUGGUAAACCCUAUGAAACAGCCAAGUCCAGGGCUUCCAAAUAAUUCUGUUUGAUCUAAUCUUGCACUCCUUACUCUGACAAAUUUGCUAGUUGGUUUUCUCUGGUCACUGAAAGUUUUGUUUAAGGAUGUUAAGAUUGGCUGCUUUUGAGGGCAGAUCUUUCUCUACAGUUAUCUCCAGAAAUUAAAAACAUCAGUUCAAAAUUUUGCCACAGGCAUCAAACUCGUACAUCACACAUCAUAACCACUUUGUACUAUAUAUUGUAGAGCUGUUUUAACCUAACUUCCUGUUUAUAAUUUUCAGAUUUCCCUCUGGAAAUAGCAAUUUACUAUAUUUAUAAAGUAUUCCCUUUGUAGAAGCAAUUGGCUUUUUACUCUUGGUGUUUCCAUAUAUUUUAUUAUGCAUCAACAGAGUGAGAAAGUUUUAGGUCAACUUUAAUUUUAUUAGUAGUAAAGUUAGGGAAGCCUAGAACUGUAUUUUUAAACGUAGGUAUUGCUUGUAUCUAUUAUAGUUACUAUUCAGAAAUCUAUAACUGGAUAUAUUAUAUAUUUAUUCCAUAAAAUAUUUAUUGUCUGAAUGUACCUGUUAGAGAAGUAGGGUCUUUGCUUAGCAUGUAUUGCAAAUAUAGUAAGCUAAUGUUAGCAAAAGACCAAGCUUUGUUUGGCAGAUAUUACUGUGAUAGCAUAAAUUCUGCAUUUCUGUAUUCUUUAAUUUAUUUUCCAGUCUAAUGUUAAUAUAUUUUAGAGAGGAGGAAGUGUAAGUUGUUUCUUUUAAGACUUACUCAUUAUCAUUUAAAUCAAUUUGAAAUUAGAGUUCUGACUUUUUUGUUUUAAUUAAACCAAAUUGGAAUGUGCAAGCAAAAUCUGUAAGUUGUUAAGUUUACAUGUCUGCUUUUCCAAAGAAGAUAGUCAAAGCUGGAAGGCUAUAAAUGUCAUCAGCUUUCAAGAAAAUAAGAAAACAGACACCCAAAUUCUGAAAUUUUUUUUCAUGUUUUCUAUGCUUUAUUAGAAAAGACUGGGGAGAAAAGGAGCUAAGGGGAAAAACAUACAGUCAUUGCAUGUUGAAAACUCCUUCUGAUGUCAAUGAAAGUUCAGUAAUGUAAGGAAUGAAAUUUAGAAAUGGUCAAAACCAGUGUUCUGGUUGUAAACUGAACAAAGUCAGAAACAAUAUAUUGAAGGAUCUUCCCUCAAACAGAGAGGGAUGAAGCAAAAUGGGGGAAAUUGGCAGUAUCAUAGCAUAUGUUAGAAACCAAAUGCAGGCUUAGCCAACAGUCUUGACAGUGUUUGAUUAGUGUAAGUAGCCAUUGAAAGGAAAUGACUGUAUUUUUAAAACCAAACAGCAUGAAUUCAUCUAGAGAAACCUCAUUUUAUACAGAGAGCUAAUUAUAUUCAGCGGUCAUUGGUGACAAUAUCAAUUAAGACAGUGGAGGUUGAAAAGUACCAGAACUGAAGAUGAAAUAAAUUGUAUUGUGCUCUGCACGGUGUCUUUUUAUACUUAAUAAAAUUGUACGUACCUAUUUUAAAACUGUUCUCAAACAGGCAUUGCUAUUAAUAUUGACAGUGUAUAAGUUGUUAUUAGGACUGCAUAUAACUGUUCUGUAUCUCAUCAGUAUGAUUUGACUUACACUGAUAGCUUCAUUUUCAUAGACCAAGUAUUCAGAUUUAGUCAGCCCACUGUACUGCUUUUUUCCAUACCACCACUCCACCUCCUUCCCUCCUCUUCCUCAAAAAAUUUGAGUGGAAUGUGCUGAUUAAUGAAUUUCAAUAACAGACUGUCAUUCAUAUAGAGAAGAAUAUCAAAUUCAUUUUCAUAUAUUAUUAUUCAAUAAAUUAUUUAUACACACUAAAAUUAACAUUCUAGUCUUUGCCAACAUACAAUAAGAACUGUCAAUGACCUUGAAGUGAAAACGGGAAGAAAUAACUUUCUGUUGCCCUUUCAUUCAUACCCUUACUGAUCUGUAAAACACACAGCUACUUAAUCACAGAAUAACCACUGUCCCUAUGCCUAUGACAUGCAUUUGCUUGUAGCUGGUAUUUUCAUUUGUGAUUUAAAUGUAUUUGGUCCUGAUUCAGUAAGGCAAUUCCACAUGUGCGCAGCUGAAUCAGUAUCCAAAAGAAGUGCAGGGAAGAAAACACUUUCCAGAUUCAGGUCUGCAGGUGUUUUUGCAUUGUAUUUUAACUCAGUGGUCUUCUGGCCUUUGCUGUUCCACUGCACUAAAUUGAUGUUCUUUCAUUUGAUUUAAUGAGGUUUGUUGCCUGUAUUUAUCUUUGCGGCUCCCUCCUGUUUCUCUGCACUGGCAGCAAACUGAGGUAGGCGAUCCAAGAUGCCUUUUCUGUCUCAAUCACAGUAACCAAAGGAGUGUUUACACAGUCUUGCAUCAUGUUCACUUACGCCAAAUGACUGGCAUUUUAUAGGGCACUGAAGAAUUCCAUAGCCCUUGAUGAAGCAAAAAUCUCACCAGCUUGAAUUUUUCUCUUUUCCUUCUGCAGUGACAAAUCAUAGAUAAAAGGUCAAUAAAUGGCCAUGAGUGGAAGAAGUGACAUAAAAAUCUACCUGCAGUUCCCUAGGGACUAAUAUACAGGUCUCACAGUCCUAUGCAUUGUACCUCAUAUGUAUAUUUAUCAGAGCCAAGAUUCCAAUAUCACUUAGGAACCUUUGAGAACUCUCACAGAAGGCACAAAAUUAUAUGCCUCAUUUGCAGGAGAAAGACUGUUUAUUCAUCUGCUAACUAGGGAUUUUAGAGUUCUAAAUGAAAUUAAGAUCUCAUGAUCAAACCAAGUUCCUAAAAUAACAAAAAAGCUAAACAAGAAGGGAGUGGUCCUGCCUGUUUGAAAUAAAGCAGGAUUUUAAGCAUAAUUUCAGAAUUGUCUGGAAAUGCUAAGGGAACCAUUCCAUGUGUAAGCAGUGAAUUAUUAGCUAGAAAUAGUACUGUCCCUCCCUAAGUAUUAUUGAGACCAUUUCCAUAUCCAGCAUUCAAUAAAAUAAAUUUCGAACCCUGAAAGCAGUCUCGGGCUCAGUUUGCAAGAAUGUAGUGCCUGCUGCUGUACAUGUCUGGUGAGACAUAACAGCUCAUUGUACUUAGCCAUGAGAAGGUCAGGGUGAAUUAGGGAUAUGCUCAAACAGUCUUGCAAGCAGACCCAUGCUCACCCUACUUGUCCAUGAAGUGAAUGCAGUCUGAGCUAGCAGAAGGAUUUAGAUAAAUGCUUGAUGGAUUCAUUGUCUCUACCUUCAGCUGUCCAAAAUCAAGCUGUGAGCUUAGGCUAGUGUUGUGGUUUGAGCAAAUUUAAUGGGGGCGAACACUCCCAAGUUCCAGCAAACUCCCCUCCUUUCCCCACCCAGGUCCUAGAGACAAACUUUUCCACAGAGAGGAAAGUGAAAAGAAAAAGAAAAAAACCUAUUUAUUUAACAAAACAACAA